CAGCAAGUAAAUCCCUGUUAUACUUAUUAUAGCUGCGAAAUCCAUUAGUGCAUUAACUUUCAUUUGUUGAGCAAGCAAUGAGUGCGCAACUGAGAAGCGCUUGCCGCCCCUGUGGAUUGGGACACAGUAAAAAUGUUACACAUCGACGGAGACCCUUCAUAGGUGCUCGUCGUCCUUUACCGCGCGUUAGGGCAGCAAGCGAGGAGGUGGACCUGGAGGCUCAGGUGGAGCUUUUCAUGAGGCGCCAGGCUGAGAUUGAGAGCGGAGCUGCAUUUGUGCGCGCCAAGGGAGUGGAAAAGGUCAUCGGCGCCGACCUCGUGAGCGAUGAGCUUGCCCAGCAGUACUGCGGGCAGAUCUUCGAGGUGCUCAAGACGCUCAAGCGCACCCGUGACAUGAGCUUCAACGAGGUGAAGCUCAUCGUGUCCAUCGAGGACCCCCGGGCGAGGGAGCGGCGGGCGGCGGACAUGGAGGACGAGCGCGGCGUGUCGCGUGAUGAGAUGGCCGCGGCGCUGGUGGAGAUCGGCGAGGGGCGCAUCCCCAACGACCGGAUAGCGCUCAAGUGCCUGCAUGAUGAGAUGCUGGGAUGGCCCUUCCUGGAGGUUGGAGGAGGGGGAGAGGGGCAGGGGGCGCAGGCGGCAGCGGCAGCGGGCGGCAAGGCGGCAGCGGCGGCAGCAGGGGCUGGGGGGCAGCCACAGCAGCAGCCACAGCAGCAGCCCAGCGCUUCGGAGUAUGCAGCGCUGAUGGGAGGCGACACCGUUGCCAAGCCCUACGUGAUGAGCGACUCCCUGCGUCAGGGCGAGAAGCCGCAGUCGGUGACCGACAUGUUGCCCGGCUGGGUGGGGUACGGCAUGUUGUACGGCGUGAGCGCCAUUCCCGUCAUGAUAGCGCUGGGCACUGUGGCGCUGCUGUUCUUCAGCUCGCUCAAGUAAUUCAAAUUUGAAUAACAAUGGAUCCACAUGGGAGCUGAUUGGGAGUAAAGCUCGCUCAAGUAACAGCGAAUCCGCAUGAUUCACGCAUUCGAUUCAUGGGAGCAGGACGGGGGGGA